GGGCCACGGGAGGUGUGGGUUGUAGGUCCCCCCGGGAGGCGCCUCCCCCAGCAGGGACGCUGCUCAGCGCCUCCCGGCAGCGCCUAGCCCCAGUCGCGCGGGCGGGCUCAGCCUAGUCUCUCCGCUGCUGUGACAGCCCGUGGUGUUUCCCGGGUGUGCCCCUGGUGGAUGGAAAAGAGCGGGACUGCGUUCCGCCGACCUCUAGCUGGUCGAGGAAGGGCUUCUGAACCCCGGGUUAGGAUGAGUGUUUCCAGGUGCUUACAGUGUGCUGGGCACUGCCCCAAGAGUUUUUACCUUCAUUUAACUCACUUAAUCCUCGCAACAACCCUAUGAGAUAAUGUAGGGUAAUUAUCCUCAAGUUACAGAUAAGGAAUUGAGGCACACAGAGAUGAAGUACCUUCCUUGAGGUUACCCAGCCUUUACUUUAUGUGGUAGUCUGUAUUUUAUGGUUCUGAUGAUGGAGGAUGGCAUUUAAAUAUUGUAGGUGUUAUUUGUUGGUGGAUGCAUUAGCAAAUUCUGUAGAUCUCUGUGGGUGCAUUUUAUUGUUAUUUUGAACCAAUUUUCGUGAGCGUUGUUGCCUGAAGAUAACCUUUUGGUAGAGCUGGAACUCUGUUGUAGGGUUUGAACUGAGGCUACCAAGGCCUCCUUCUGAUUCUUUUUUAAGUUGGCAAAGGCUCAGAAAGGAGUCAUCCCAGUGCCACAAAGCAAAGCACGGGGAGAAGGGCUAUUUCAGAGCCUUCAGAACAUAUUUCCUUCCAAAUGAGGUCAUUUCUUCAGACUGAAGAGGGCAGGAAAUAAGGGAGAAUUCUUCCUGGAUCAAGAAUUGAUUAUAGGAGGAAGUGGCACUAUCAAAAGAAUUUCAGAUGGUUAGGGUAACAGGAGGUGGCCAGGGCUGGAAAGUUAGAGUCAUAUAAAGGAGCAGAUAGUGUCUGCUGUUGUUGCAGCACUUUGUGAUCACUUUACUUAGACGGUAAUGCUUUGGUGAGGAUAUAGUAUCUGUAAAGUAUUAAGGAAGUGGUGACCCAAAUAACUAAAAGAUGAAGAAAGGAAAGAAAACUUUCCACAUCAUGGUGAAUAAACCCUUUGGCUGGAAUCUGGAUAAGGGAAUGACCCUGACCUUGUGGAGAUAGUGGCCUCCUGGCCUCUUCAAUAUGUAUCUGGGGGCUCUCCCUGAGACUUCUGUCACAUACAUCAGCCCUUCCUUCCCCAUUUCAUAUGCAUCCUCCAAAGCAAGGAAAAGGAAAGCAUCUGCCCAUGCUUUAGUCCAGCAGCUACUAAUGACAACUUCACAAAUUCUCUGAGGGCAUCCUUCCUUAAAUGUUGUUAGUUGCCAUCAAGUUGGCUCCAACUUAUGGUGACCCCAUGUACAAUAGUACUAAACGUUGCCCUGUCCUGAGCCAUCUUCGUAUUCAUUGGUAUGCUUAAAUCCAUUUUUGUGGCCACUGUGUAUUUUGAGUGCCUUCCAGCCUAGGGGGCUUAUCUUCCAGCACUAAAUCAGACAAUAUUCUGUUUUGAUCAAUAGGGUUUUCAUUGGCUAAUUUUUGGAAGUAUUUUGCCAGACCUUUCUUCCUAAUCUGUCCUAGUCUAGAAGCUCCACUGAAACCUGUCCACCAUGGAUGACCCUGCUGGUAUUUGAAAUACCAGUGGCAUAGCUUCCAGCAUCAUAGCCACAUGCAAGCCAUCACAGUAUGACAAACAGGGGGUCACCCUUAAAUGUACACCAUCACAAUUUUCAAAUUAAUUGCUUUGAGGUGACCUCAGCAAUAAUAUAUUCCUUAUAUUUUCAAAAAAUGAUACUCAUUUUUUUGAAAUGCUGUGCCAUCUUUUAACUUGUAGUGUUCACAAAAUUUUGUGAGAAAAGACAAGUACUAGUAAGGCUAUUUUACAAAAAAACAAAUCCAUUGCCAUCAAGUCAGUUCCAACUCAUGUUGACCCCAUGUGUUACAGAGUAGAACUGUUCCAUAGGGUUUUCUUGGCUCUAAUACUGUUACAAAGUGGGGCCAAGUUUUGUGAAAGGCGAGUGACUUUCCCCAGGAUGCACAGCCCUAUGGUGGUAGAGCAGUGUCACCACCUGCCUUCUAGCAGUGUCAGCUGCCUUGUGUUUUGACCUUCAGGAGGAAGUAAAGGGACUACUACUGUCAUACACUGAACUCUUACCACAUGUGAGGAAAUUGACAAAUAGGCUUAAUUAUAUGCCUCAGAUCGCCUAAGGAGUUUGGAGGGAUUUGGCCCCAAACCAUCCCCUUUCCCUUUCAUAAUCAAAGAACUAGGAACUUAAACCCAGACAUGAAUGUCCAUUGUCCUUUUCUUUGUGUAUGGGAGUGGAUGGGACUUUUAGGCAUUCAUCUUACCUCUUAAUCCUUCAGGUUUUAUUCAGCUAGCCAAAAAUGGAAUUACUAGACUGGUGACUCUGAAUGUCUUAGGAUAAGACAGUCUUUCCUCUUUCACUAGCUCUGCCUUUGACCAAGAGGAGGCUGAAGAGGGAAAGGUCACUGUCUACUUCACUAUAAGAUAUACAUCCCACACAAGUUUAGGGUUCUUCCCUCUUUUCUGAAAGUUUGUGUCAUCUUGCCAAGCUGAGACACAUUUAUUUCUUUCCCUAAAACUUCCCUUCUUCAGUGAGUCUGCCAAAUUUUUUCCAGUGUGGGCUAUUCCUAUUUGCCUGCAGACUGCUAUUAGUAUCUUCCUCCACCCUCACUCGCUCUGUUUCAUCAUUAGGUGAUUGAAGAAAACAGCCUUAUUGACCUAUUUCUUGGUUUCAUUUGAAACAUGGAGGUUUAUCACAUGUCUCUGGGGAUCUGAAAAACAGUAGGUUCAUUCUAGUCUUAUCCCUAUUCUAUUCCUUAUUCCCUAGUCUUAUCCUUAUUCUAGUCUAGCCAGAUGGGCAUGUGCCUCAGAGUUUAGGAUCUUAAAUUAAACUGACAGGAAUCAGAUAGCUAUGGACUAAACAAUCAAGUCCAGUCUCCUCAUUUUACAAAUGAGGUGGCAUGAAACCCAGAUUGGUUGUUUUUCCCUGGUUUCUGUAUAUCUACCAACAGAGCUAUGACCAAGAUCCAGAUUUUCAGAUCAAUGCUUAUAUCAUGGGGCCUCAUCUGAUGGUUCAUUGAAUUGUGCUAGCAAGCCGCUUGCACUGAGGUGACACUUAAGUGGGGCUUGGAGAAUUUAAUUCUUAGACUAUAUAGACAGGGGUGCUUACUGCAGCCUUCCAGGGGCUACCUGCAGGAAUCAGUUGAGUUUAGUUUCUUGGCCACUUAGGGGCAACAGGAAUGGACAGUGUGAUGUAGGUGUUCUUUCUUUUCCUGUUGAGAGGCAAUCAAUUCUGUGUAGUGUAGUGAGUUUCAGUUCAAGAUUUAUCACUUGGCCUUGGACCAAAUUACUUAACCUCUUUGUGUCUCAAGUUCUUUAUUUGUAUUACAGGAAUAAUACUAGUACCCUGUCAUCAAGUUCUUGUUGUUAGGCGCUGUCGAGUCGGUUCCAACACAUAGCGACCCUAUGCACAACAGAACGAAACACUGCCCGGUCCUGGACCAUCUUUAAAAUCGUUGUUAUACUUGAGCCCAUCGUUGCAGCCACUGUGUCAGUCCACCUCAUUAAGGGUCUUCCUCUUUUCCGCUGACCCUGUACUCUGCCAAGCAUGAUGUCCUUCUUCAAGGACUGAUCCCUUCUGACAACACGUCCAAAGUAUGUAAGACGCAGUCUCGCCAUCCUUGCCUCUAAGGAGCAUUCUGGUUGUACUUCUUCCAAGACACAUUUAUUUGUUCUUCUGGCAGUCCAUGGUAUAUUCAAUAUUCUUCACCAACACCACAAUUCAAAGGCACCAAUUCUUCUUCGGUCUUCCUUAUUCAUUGUUUAGCUUUCACAUGCAUAUGAUGCGAUUGAAAAUACCAUGGCUUGGGUCAGGCGCACCUUAGUCUUCAAGGUGAUAUCUUUGCUCUUCAACACUUUGAAGAGGUCCUUUGCAGUAGAUUUGCCCAAUGCAAUGCGUCUUUUGAUUUCUUGACUGCUGCUUCCGUGGCUGUUGAUUGUGGAUCCGAGUAAAAUGAAAUCCUUGACAACUUCAAUCUUUUUUCCGUUUAUCAUGAUGUUGCUCAUUGGUCCAGUUGUGAGGAUUUUUGUUUUCUUUAUGUAGAGGUGCGAUCCAUACUGAAGGCUGUGGUUUUUCAUCUUCAUUAGUAAGUGCUUCAAGUCCUCUUCACUUUCAGCAAGCAAGGUUGUGUCAUCUGUGUAACACAGGUUGUUAAUGAGUCUUCCUCCAGUCCUGAAGCUCCGUUCUUCUUCAUAUAGUCGAGCUUCUUGGAUUAUUUGUUCAGCAAACAGAUUAAAUAGGUAUGGUGAAAGAAUACAACCCUGACGCACACCUUUCCUGACUUUAAAACAAUCAGUAUCCCCUUGUUCUGUCUGAACAACUGUCUCUUGAUCUAUGUAAAGGUUCCUCAUGAGCACAAUUAAGUGUUCUGGAAUUCCCAUUCCUUGCAAUGUUAUCCAUAGUUUGUUAUGAUCCACACAGUCAAAUGCCUUUGCAUAGUCAAUAAAACACAGGUAAACAUCCUUCUGGUAUUCUCUGCUUUCAGCCAGGAUCCAUCUGACAUCAGCAAUGAUAUCCCUGGUUCCACGUCGUCUUCUGAAACUGGCCUGAAUUUCUGGCAGUUCCCUGUCGAUAUACUGCUGCAGCCGUUUUUGAAUGAUCUUCAGCAAAAUUUUUUUCCCAUGUGAUAUUAAUUAUAUUGUUCUAUAAUUUUCACAUUUGGUUGGAUCACCUUUCUUGGAAAUAGGCAUAAAUAUGGAUCUCUUCCAGUCAGUUGCCCAGGAAGCUUUCUUGGCAUAGACAGGUGAGCACCUCCAGCACUGCAUGCGUUUCUUGAAGCAUCUCAGUUGAUAUUCCAUCAAUUCCUGGAGCCUUGUUUUUCACCAGUGCCUUCAGAGCAGCUUGGACUUCUUCCUUCAGUACCAUUGGUUCCUGAUCAUAUGCCACCUCUUGAAAUGGUUGAAUAUCGACUAAUUCUUCUUGGUAUAAUGACUCUGUGUAUUCCUUCCAUCUUCUUUUGAUGCUUCCUGCAUCAUGUAAUAUUUUUCCCAUAGAAUCCUUCACUAUUGCAACUUGAGGCUUGAAUUUUUUUUUUUCCAGUUCUUUCAGCUUGAGAAACACCAAGCAUGUUCUUCCCUUUUGGUUUUCCAUCUCCAGCUCUUUGCACAUGUCAUUAUAAUACUUUACUUUGUCUUCUCGAGCUGCCCUUUGAAAUGUUCUGUUCAGCUCUUUUACUUCACCAAUUCUUUUUGCUUUAGCUGCUCGACGUUUGAUAGCAAGUUUCAGAGUCUCCUCUGACAUCCAUCUUGGUCUUUUCUUUCUUUCCUAUCUUUUCAGUGACCUCUUGCUUUCUUCAUGGAUGAUGUCCUUGAUGUCAUUCCACAACUCGUCCAGUCUUUGGUCACCAGUGUUCAAUGCGUCAAAUCUAUUCUUGAGAUGGUCUCUAAAUUCAGGUGGGCUAUACUCAAGGUCAUAUUUUGGCUAUCGUGGACUUGCUCAGAUUUUCUUCAGUUUCAGCUUGAACUUGCAUAUGAGCAACUGAUGGUCUGUUCCACAGUCAGCCCCUGGCCUUGUUCUGACUGAUGAUAUUGAGCUUUUCCAUCAUCUCUUUCCACAGAUGUAGUCAAUUUGAUUUCUGUGUGUUCCAUCUGGCGAGGUCCAUGUGUAUAGUCGCCGUUUAUGUUGGUGAAAGAAGGUAUUUGCAGUGAAGAAGUCGUUGGUCUUCCAAAAUUCUAUCAUUCAAUCUCCAGCAUUGUUUCUAUCACCAUGGCCAUAUUUUCCAACUACUGAUCCUUCUUUGUUUCCAACUUUCGCAUUAAAAUCACCAGUAAUUAUCAGUGCAUCUUGAUUGCAUGUUCAUCAAUUUCAGACUGCAGCAGCUGAUAAAAAUCUUCUAUUUCUUCAUCUUUGGCCCUAUUGGUUGGUGCAUAUAUUUGAAUAAUAGUCGUAUUAACUGGUCUUCCUUGUAGGCGUACGGAUAUUAUCCUAUCACUGACAACGUUAUACUUCAGGAUGUAUCUUGAAAUGUUUUUGACGAUGAAUGCAACACCAUCUUCAAGCUGUCAUUCCCAGCAUAGUAGACUAUAUGAUUGUCCGAUUCAAAAUGGCCAAUACCAGUCCAUUUCAGUUCACUAAUGCCUAGAGUAUUGAUGUUUAUGCAUUCCAUUUCAUUUUUGACGAUUUCUAAUUUUCCUAGAUUCACACUUCGUACAUUCCAGGUUCCGAUUAUUAAUGGAUGUUUGCAGCUGUUUCUUCUCAUUUUGAGUCAUGCCACAUCAGCAAAUGAAGGUCCCAAAAGCUUUACUCUAUCCACGUCAUUAAGGUCGACUCUGCUUUGAGGGGGCAGCUCUUCCCCAGUCAUCUUUUGAGUGCCUUUUAACCUGGGGGGCUCAUCUUCCAGCACUAUAUCAGACAAUGUUCCACUGCUAUUCAUAAGGUUUUCACUGGCUAUUACUCUACAGAAGUAGACUGCCGGGUCCUUCUUCCUAGUCUGUCUUAGUCUGGAAGCUCAGCUGAAACCUGUCCUCCAUGGGUGACCCUGCUGGUAUCUGAAUACCAGUGGCAUAGCUUCCAGCAUCACAGCAACACACAAGCCCCCAGAGUACGACAAACCAAGGGGCACCAAGCUGUUGUGAGGAAUUAAUAAGUUAAUAUUUAUAAAUUCUUAGAACAGCAACCAAUGUCACAAAACAGUUUGUGUAUUGUUUAAUGAGAAAAUUUAUUUGCUCUGUAAACUUUCACCUGAAGCACAAUAGAAAAUGAAUAAAUAAAAUGCUUACAGGCAGGCCAAAGAAGGGCUUUUUCCAGAUACUGCACCUCCAAGUUUCAGAGUUAGGGUUCAAAAAAAAUUUUUUUUUUGAAGGUAUAAACUUUCUCAGUGGAGUCUCUGUGUCUAUCACAUGUGUCUAGUAUCUGGGAAUCUUAAUAUCCAUGGGAAGUUUUGGCCCCUUUGACAAGGAGGGAAUCCACCGGGCCUAUGGGAAGCUGAGUUUGUGUUUAGACUCUUCUGCUAGGAGAAGAAUGUUGGUGGGGAGGCUGGUCCCAGCUAGCACAUUGUCUAGGCAACCCAGAGUAAGUUUUUAAGGCUGUUUUUGGACAAUUCAACUUGUCAAGUCACACAAACUUUUUAAGGCACAGCUUCCUGGGCUCCAUCAGAUUUACUAGGUCUGAGGUAAAGCCCAGAUAUCUGGAGUAACACGUUCUAUAGGUGGUUUUUCAUUUGGGGUGGGGGGUGGGGAAUGUAACCUAUCUUUUGGAAUCCAAUUUUAGCCCCUUUCAAAUACCCAUUUUCUUGAGUCCUUCCUGCCGCAGCUCCUGGGAAACUACGCCCUACCUUUUUUAUAUAUCAAAGCAUUGAGACUGAGCUCAGAAUAGCUUUGUGUCUCCAGCAGCAACAGCCUUGUGUUAAAUCAUUUCCAAUCAGUAGGAAUCCAAGCACGUGAAUUGGACAUGAUCACCCAGUUGGAGGGAGAACAAUGGUGGAUACUGAAUCUUCAUGGAGCUGAAGAGGACAGGGCCCAGAAAUACCUGUCUAGAAGGGGAGAUUUGAACUGAAACCAAAGCAUUGACACCAAUCAGGCUAUUCCUAAAGAACUCAAGUUUUCACAGCCAGCAAUAGAAAGUCUCAGAGGGAAUAUGAAUGAAGAAGCCUGUAAAAUUAAGGGCCAGUUAUCAAGGCAUACACAAAGUCCUGCACAGAUGAAGUCCUCUUUUGAGAAAACAGAGAUCAAAAAAGUAUCAAUGACCCUCAAGGAAAUUUCCACUGGAGAGAGAGGCUCAGAGUCCAGUGAAUUUAUUCGGAGCUCAAACACAGAUACACAACAAAAAAUUCCAAAGGGAGAUAGAUCCCACAUAUCUAGGAAAAACUCCAAAGAUAAUUCAGACUCAAUGAAACACCAGAAACUCUUCCCACAAAAGAAACCUUGUAAAUGCGAUCAAUGUAGAAAAGCCUUUAACUACCAGUCAGACCUUAUUGUACACAGUAGAAUCCAUGGUGGAGAAAAGCCUUUUGAGUGCAACGAAUGUGGGAAAACUUUCAGCCGAAGUACACACCUUAUUGAACAUCAAAGAACUCACACUGGAGAGAAACCUUAUGAAUGUAGUGAAUGUGGAAAAGCUUUUAGCCGAAGUACACACCUUAGUCUACAUAAGAGAAUCCAUACUGGAGAGAAACCUUAUGAAUGUAGUGAAUGUGGAAAAGCCUUUAGCCGGAGCACAAACCUUAAUCAACAUCAGCGAACUCAUACUCAAGAAAAACCUUACAAAUGUAGUGAAUGUGGGAAAGCCUUCAGUGACCGUUCAACCAUAAUUCAGCAUCAACGAAUACACACUGGAGAGAAUCCCUAUGAAUGCAGUGAAUGUGGAAAAGCUUUCAGUUGGAUCUCAUCUCUUAUAGAACAUCAGAGGAUGCACACUGGAGAGAACCCGUAUGAGUGCAGUGACUGUGGGAAAGUGUUCAGUAGAAGCUCAUCACUUACUGAACAUCAGAGAAUCCACACUGGAGAAAAGCCCCAUGAGUGCAGGGAGUGUGGAAAGGGCUUCAGUCGAAGCUCAUCCCUUAUUAUUCACCAGAGAAUUCAUACUGGAGAGAAACCUUACAAAUGUAAUGACUGUGGGAAAGCCUUCAGUCAGAGUUCAACUCUAAUCAGACAUCAGCAACUUCACACUAAAGAGUAAUAUAAUACCUGAGCUUUUAUUAAUGUUAGCACAAGAGCACAUAUCCAUAGCCUCCCACAGAUGGAAAAAACUUGUUUGAAUUUUCCUUUCCUACUAACUAUAAAAAAAAUUUUUUUUUUUCUUUUUUACUAAGUAUAAGCCAGUUUCAAACUUUUUUUUUUUAACUGAGUGAUCAAUACAUCAAGGGGAUGACUUUAAAAACCUAACAUAUUGAAUGUCACAUUCUGGAGGGCUCCACCCUUAGAGUAUAGAACUGCCUCACAGGUAUCUUGCAGUUCCUUACCUUGUCUUGGGUCUUAGGUCCCCAAAAGGAGCCUUGGUGGCACAGUGGUUCAGUGCUAACUGAAAGGUCAGUGGUCCAAAUCUAUCAGCCCUCCCACAGGAGAAAGAUGUGGCAGUCUACUUCUAUAAAAAUUACAGCCUUGGAAACUCUAUGGGGCAGUUCUACUCUGUCCUGUAGAAUAGCUGAGUCAGAAUCAACUCAACAAAAACUGGUCUAGUUUGGUUCCCCAAACAACCAGUGAACCCUCUGUAUCCCAACCACAUCAGCUCCUUCCCUUAAAUCUUGUAUGUGUAUGUGUGUGUGUUUUCAUACUUGCUGACCCCAGUAGCAGAAGAAAAGGAGUAGCCUUCAGCGCAGGAUCACCAAUUCGGGGAUAAUAGUGUUGAGACAAGUUCAGUUUCCAAACUUAUAAGGACAAAUUUUUCUCUUCUUCCUCUGUACCUCACUUUUUUUUUUUUUUGCUAUAUCAUAUAUUCAUUAAAGUAUAACUCACACUAAUCCUAGUGUUAUUUUAUCACAUCAUUAUCAAGUAUGUCCUAAAAAUCUUAGCAAUGUUUAUUUCCUCCAUUAUCUUGAAAAAAAAAAUGCUUCCAAUUGCUACUUUAUUUUUUUAAAUCUCUCUUUUGUUAUAGGGUCACUAUGAGUCAGAAUCGAUGGUGACAGGCUUUUUGGUUUUGUUUACAGAAUUCAUGAAACAUACACCCUCUGGCUUUGACCCUCACUAAUCUUGUAAAGCUGAUUUCUGAAAGACAAACUCAGUGACUAUUUCUCAAUCCUCUUCCAGCUUGAAUAAAAUCGGCACUUUCGUUAAAAAGAAAUAAGGAAAAAAAAUUGUGCUGGUGGUUGCACAAUCUUGUGAAUAUACUAAAAACUACUUCACUGUACAUAUGAAAUGGGUAAAACUGUACAGUAUGUGGAUUACAUUUCAAUGAAGUUGUUAUUAAAAAGUAAAAAAAAAAAAUGGCACUUUUGGCCACUUUUUUUUUUUUUUCUUGGCUAUUCUUACAUGCCUUAAAACUUGAUCUUUUCCUGGUAUCCACCAUUUUUUCUACCUCCCAGCACAUCUAUAGUUACAAAUGAUCAGCUCUGUGACUUUGGGCAAGGAUUAGACCAGAAUAAUCUCAUUUUACCAGGUUAUAAUACUUGAGGUUAUUCAACUAGAUUAUAACCUUCUUGAAGGCAGAAAUCUUGUUUUAGAUACAAUAAAUUUUGAGAACCACCACUGUAUUAGUGGAGCACUCAUGAUGCAGUGGUCAAGAGUUUGGCUGCUAAACAUAAGGUCAGCAGUUCAAAUCCACCAGCCUGUCCUUAGAAACCCUAUGAGGCAGUUCUGCUCUGUCCUAUAGGGUCGCUAUGAGUUGCCGCUGACUCAACAGGCAAUGGGAUAAAAUAUCACAGAGUGCUGAGUAGACACUAAAUGCCCUGUAAUUAGUGUUUACUGAUUCCUCUUUAUCUCCUGUAAUUAAUUUGCUUGACUUUAUUUGAAAUGGCUCCAUAACUGAUUCCAUUCUCUCUAUUCUACUGCUGCUGUCAAGUCCUCAGGACUUUGGGCCUAGAUUACUACAGUAAAUGCAUUUGUUGUUGUCCUUAUAUCCCUGCCUUUAUCUAACCGCUUGUCUAAGCUACCACUUUAUUCAGAAAUAGUCCACAGCUGCCCAGUGUCCUCAGGAAAAGCUUCAAACUCCUUUAUCUUCAAGGCCGUCCACAGUUGGAUCUAUUUACCUUUAUUUUCCAUUACUCUUCAAAACAAAAACAUUGCACAUGUGGUCAGGCCUAUCCUUUGUCCCUCUUCUUACACUUGGCUUUCUUUCAAACUAUUCCAUGGCACCCUUUUACAUGUCCUACUUUCUCCUUUGUACCUCCAGAAAUCCUAUUCAGCCUUUCUAAAAGGCCCUGCUCAAGUCCUGACUCCUUUGUGAUACUUUCAGUCUCACACCUUCUUAGAGAUCCUUUGCAGUGAUGCUCUGCACUAUUCUACUUCAUUCAACAUUUUCUUAUUCUGUUCUCAGGUUCUUUCGGGUGUGCUAUUCCAUAGCUGGUUUGAAGUUAGAAACUGUCUUAAAUAUAAGUGCCAGUAAUAAAUACAUAAUACCAUGCAGACUUGGACUCUUAUUUUAAUCUAAACCAGGAAGGUUUGAUUUAACAGUGCUAUUUCUUCUGUCUUUUGAAUGGCAAGAAAAUCUCAUAAAUAUUUUGGGCUCUUUUGUCCUACCUUGAAUUAUGUACAUUACUUACGAGGAUGAAAAAAAAAAAAAGAUUCUCAACAAGAUGGACUGACACACUGGCUGCCAACAGUGUGCUCAAAUAUAGCAACAAUUGUGAGGAUCACACAGGACCAGGCAGAAUUUCCUUCUGUUGUACAUAGGGAUGCUAUGAAUCAGAACCAACUCAAUGGUACCUAACAACACUUACUCUUGGGACGGAUUCUUCUUUAGAGUUCAAGGGAUGCUGACCCCUUGGCUUUUUCUUCAUGGGGUUGUAAGGAUUAAGUGAGUUUAUUCAUGUGAAGUGAUGAAAACAGUGCCUGGCAUAUAGUAAGUGCUCAAUAAAUGCUAAGUUGUUAUGAUUCCACUGUUUCACAUCUACCAGUAGCCUUUUACCUCUUUGUCUGCAGGUCUUUGACUCCAUUACCAGUAAUUACUGGAAACUAGGACCACAAUGAAAUAAAUUAAAAGGUACCUCCCCUAACUGUCAUAGUAAGUAAUAGCUGUCUUUUUUUUUUUUUAUAACUAAACGGUAUUGAAAUUUAUAGAAGACAGCUUAUAAGUACAAUAAGAUAGAAAACCAAAAACACAUACAAAUCAGCAUUAGAGAAGGCAGAAAAUGCCAAGAAGCUCAAGAUCAGGAUAAGCUAUGGUAUCUGACGCAUUUAUUCAGUUUGAGAUACAAGCUGAGCAUUCUGGCAACCAAAGUCAGGAGAUAAUUUAUGUUGUUAAAAAAAAGGGGGGGGGUCCAUUCCUCAAGGAAAGCAUAACUUUUUCUAAUAUUUAGAUUUAAGAUAAAUUUCUCCACUGGCCUUUAUAUUCAUACAGUAAUUACACAAUGCCCUCAGUAGUACACAAAUUAUAUAUCCUCCACAACACCAAGGAAACCGUAGGUUCUCCAGUGAAUAAAUAUUUAGUUCAUAGUAGAAGGCCCAAAGAGGCCCAGAGGUUAGAAGGAGCAGCAGUUGUAGAGUAUAUUAGAUAAUCAAGUGUUACCAGGUGGCAGAAGAUAAGUUCUUUGCAUAUAUUUGAGUCACCACAGGUUAGAAUGUGGAAACUGCAGUUUUUGUUAGCUGCCAUCGAGUUGAUUUUCAACUCAUAGCGACACCAUAUAAUAGAGUAGAACCGCCCCAUAGGGUUUUCUAGGCUGUCAUCUUUACCAAAGCAGAUCGCCAGCUCUUUCUCCUGCACAGCCACUGAUUGGGUUUGAACCACCAAACUUUUGGCUAGUGGCUGACAGCUUAACUGUUGGACCACCAGGGCUCUUAAUUGAAGUUUAAAACCAAAAAACCAAACCCAUUGCCAUCUGAUUCCAACUCACAGCCGCCCUAUAGGACAGAGUAGAACUGCCUCAUAGGGUUUCCAAGGAGCGGCUGGUGGAUUUGAACCUUUUGGUUAGCAGCCAAGCUCUUAACCACUGCCCCACCAAGGGCCAGGAUUUGUCCCCAGUUCUUCUGAUUUAAGUACUGGACCUCUUUAGCUGAACCCUGGCAGCUGGGCAAGAGCUGGAAAAGAAAAGGAACUGUGUCAGUAAAGGCAUUAAAAAAAAAAAAAAGGCAUAAAGAUGAGAAAAUGCCCUCGGUGUGUUGCAGUAGAUGAAGAGACUAAAUUGCCUAAGGCAGGGUGUUAACGAUGUUAAAUGUGUGAAAGUUGAUUUGGAAUUGGAUAACUACGAGGGAAUGACAGGAGGUUUUUAAUCACAGUAGUUAAGUUUGGCAAAAAUCUGGUACAGGAGACAAGAUGGUUUAGAAGUGAGAGAUAGUAGGCAGAAACUAGGUGGGAAGCAGAGUUUUAGAAUAUACUGGGGAGUGGAGAGCAGCCACAGAUGAGGAAACAAUGAAGGAAAGAGCUAGUGAAAUUGGUGACUAAAUACGGAUAAUGAAGGAGAGGGACCAGUGGCUACAUUCCUUAUUUGGUAUUGUUACUUAAUUUUCAUGUAAAUUACUAGUGCAGCCAGGGAGGGAUUUCUGAUAUACACGCACCAGUUAGUCAAAAACACAAAAGUCCAGGUUGAAUGGCUGGUUACCUGCACCUUUAACAAGUCAACAAGGAGAACCAAAAAUUUAUGAUAAUUUCUGGUAAUGGAGUCCCGUGAGAAGGUAAGAGAGAUGCGGAGUGGGCUGUCCUAUUUUAAGGAGAAACAGAUGCAGCCAAAAUCACUGUGAUUAAGCUCACGCUUAAGAGGGACCAGUCCCUGGACAAGGACAUCAUCCGUGGUAGAGGGUCAGCAAAAAAGAGGAAGAACCUGAAGGAGAUGGAUUGACACAGACAGUGGCUGCAACAAUGGGCUCAAACAUAGCAACGAUUGUGAGAAUAGCGCCAGACCGGGCAGUGUUUCCUUCUGUUGUAUAUAGGGUCGCUAUGAGUCGGGGAUCCAUUCCGCGGCCCCUAACAACAAGCAGCUCACAUUGAAGCAGGGCCUCUUCAAAAUAAUCCCCUACAUUAGAGGCCCCCCAUCUAGGCGCUUUUCCGCGAGCCCUCGGGAGUAGCCAGAUAAAGACACUGGUUGAGGCCCACCGCCUCCGUUCCUCUUUGCUGCCUGAUACCCACCUGCCCCACCCAUCUUUCGGGAUUCGCAAUGGAGUAAGGAGACGCGUGGAGGUGCUCCUGUCCUUUCCCGGCCGCCGUAGGCAGACGGAGACUGUCGUGUGCAGCCGCGAGUCACAAUGGCCGCGAGGGUUACUGCUAGAAGCCACUGGGACGUGGGCGGACGGCCUUCCCAAACUCCGUUUUCCCGCUUCCUGGGAGUUGGGGGGAGUGCUCCGAAGCAAAAUUCGCUAAAGAGCUCGGAGGGGACCGGUGCUGCGUCGCCUGCGGAGCGUGGUCCAACUAGGUUCCCCACGCGGCGGCCGGCCCACUGGCCCGCCGGUCUACGGCACCGCCGGAGUACAAGCGUCACCCAGAGUCGGCGAGGUCACCCCCUGGGUGCACGCGGCUGAGGGCCGAGCCGGGCCGGUGAGUGCCUCGCCUACCACUGGACUCGCUUUGUUUUCUAAACCAAUAGCUUACUAUUUUUUUUUAAGAGAGUACAGAACUAGGGGUCGGCACAUGUGGCUUCUAGUUCUGGCUUUACCUUCUGUGAGAAAGGGUGUGAACACGGCUUAAUUCGUGAAUGCAGCUGGGGCAACCGUAAAGCGAGACCCGGAAUACUACGCCACCUUGUUGUGAGAAGGAGGAAAUGUUUAGUUACUACAGAGUUGUGGGAAUAGCAGGUGAGUUGUGCGGUUUUAUUUUACAAGAGAACUAUUCCUUCAGAUUUACUAACUUCUGAAUGAAAAGUGGCUGAGGGUGGUAUGGUAUUUAGAAGAUUAAAAAAGUAAUAAACAACGUAAAGGUGACGUUUUAACAAAGAUUGAGAAAGUGGUUAUUUAACAAAAUGUUUGGAAACAUAUGGUAGCUUUGUUGCCAAAAGCCAUUAAACUGUGUCACCUACAAAAACUCUAUGCAAUUUAAAAACAUUAAAACAAAAAUUAACUUCUAAAUAAAGAAUUUUUGCGGAGCCUGCACCUAUCUGUAAAAACUAUUAAAAUUCAACACCUUCUGAUUGGUUUGCAAGAGCAACUUAAUUCACACCAGGAAAGAGAAAUUUCCUGGCAGAAUCUCCACACAAAUCUCUGCUUACAAAUGGAAUUGGAAAAUUAGCAUACUGAUGUGGUAAGUAUAGGUAACAAUGCACUUUUUUAAAUUGAAACCACGUUUCAAAAUAAAUUGAAUUUGGAAUCAGACCUCCAAAUUGCAGUUUCAAAAAGCAUUGCCCAGCCCACCCAGUGCUGUCGAGUCGAUUCCGACUC